AUGGGGACCGGGGAGGGCCUGGAGGACCGACUGCAGGGUCAGAAGGCCACGGAAGGCCCCCUGAGCCGCCGUGCCGUUCACCUGGAUGAUAUUUUCCUGUGGAACGGACCUAAUGGACGGUCUUUCCUUGAUGUGUCUGAAGAUGAAGUGAUACAGCCAGUCCGUAAAGAAAAUGUAAAGCAGCCUCUGGACACAGAAAAGAAGAAUGAGAAGAAAAAAAAGAAAUCAAAGGGAGAUGCUAAAACGGUUCAGGAUAUGUCACGUCUAGAUGGAAAGGAAGUUGAUGAAGGAACCUGGGAAACAAAAAUCAGUAACAGAGAGAAGCGGCAACAGCGUAAGAGAGACAAGGUGCUGACCGACAGUGGCUCAGGAGAAUCAAAUCUCCAAGGGGUGGAAAAUACACUUACACUAUCCAUUGAACAGCUGAUGCCUACAUCAUCACUUCCAGUUGGUCUCAGAAAAAAUAAAGGCGAUGCACUUCUGAAUGCACAAGUUAGCACCUCUAAACCUGCAAAGGGAGAGUCAUCAAUUCCACAAGUUUCUCCAGGAUUGAGUGAAAGCCAUACAGUAAAUGGAGGAAGCUGGAAUGAGAAGUCGGUAAAAAUCUCCCCCCAGAUUGGUGUAGGGGAGGAGAAAUGGACAUCUGUUCCUUCAGCUGCCGCGGGGAAGAGGAAGACUGAGGCAUCAGCUUGGGGCCAGGACGCUGGCGACACUAAUGGAAACGGGAAGGACUGGGGUGUAACCCUGGUGGGCAGGCCCUGGAAAGAGCGUUCUUUAUUCACUCCUAUUGCUGCUUGGAAUGUAGAUGCAAGGAUUAAUACCUCUGAACAGAAUUCUACUUCUUUCUCUUCAUUUGGUUUAACUCCUGGAGUUUCUGGAUCCAACAGUGAGUCAGUUCCUCAGACUGGUACUUCUGAUUUCCAGUGGGAUUUAAGUCAUGCUCAACCCCCUGUUGAUGACGAAUGGUCUGGGUUAAACGGACUUUCUUCUACUGAUCCCAGCUCUGAUUGGAAUGCACCAGCAGAGGAGUGGGGAAACUGGGUAGAUGAAGAAAAAGUUGCUGCUUCUGUUCCUCAGCCUGACGAAGUACCUGAUGUUCAGAAGGUUUCAGAUAAUGAAAGAGAAAAAGCAGAGCCAAUUCUUCAGAGUUCUACAAGUGGCAAAUCCAAGAAAAAGAAGAAGAAAAAGAAGAAGCAAGGUGAAGAAGCUAACUCUCCUGCACAGGACACUGAAGAACUGGAUAGAGAAGCUGGAGAGGAAUUUCAGCAGGAUACCUCAAAAGUUCAACCACAGCAGGAAAUAGCUUUUUCUCUGAAGACCAUAAGUACUAGUGAACCAGCUAAGCCUGAGGAGGCUCCUUCGCUUGCUGUUUCUACUGAGCCAUCUGUAAUUGUCUCAGAGAGCGAUUCUGACAAGAUCGCUUCCCAAGUGCCACAGAUGCUGCAAGAGACAGAUGUUUCUAGUCCCAAUAUUAAGCAAAACAGUGUGCCUCCUCCGCAGACAAAGUCUGAAGAAAGCUGGGAAUCCCCCAAACAAGUUAAAAAGAAGAAAAAAGCAAGAAGGGAAACGUGAACUUCCUGGGAUGGACAUGUGUUGCCGAAUAGUAUCAUGAAGAUUAUGCUGUUUAUGCAAUAAUUUGUGAACAUGUACAGAAUUUUAUAUAAAUUUCAAACAAUUUUUAAAAAAUGAACUGCUGUGAACACAAACAUCUUUAAAAAAGGAAUCAAAGGAAAGUAACUUUAUGAUACAGCAAACAGAACAUGCUACUUUCAAAGACAUUCUGAAGAGUCUGUUUUUUCCAGCUUCUGGAGAGAGAUCUUAAUUAAAACAAACAAACGAACUUGUUUUCCAACACAGUGCCCUGUUUACAACAUCUACAGCUGCGGAUAAAAGAUUAAUUUCAAGGAAGGGUUUUCUGUAAAAAUAUUCUGUACAAUAGUGGGUGUUUCUUGCCUCUCUUAUGAGUGAUGCAUUAGAAGCACAGAAUGUCAACCAUUUGAAUUUGUUUCAUGCCUAAAUCAAAGUGCUUUGAUUAAAUACAUAAUCUGCCAUAUCUUUACAGUAAGUUGGUUAGCAAGUCUGCUAGCUGUUACAGGAAUCACAAGUGCAAAUCAUUAACCAUUUGUACAGUCAGACCUUCAUGGUUUAUUAUAUGAAGUUAACACAAUAAAACUGCUUUGGG